ACCUCCUUUCCUCUGCAACAGCUUCAUCGAACUAGUCAAAACUCAAAAGAGAUGGGCGUAGAGUGGCUUCUGGUUUGCCAUGGCUUACUUACUCUACUCGUCUUGGUCUCCUUCUUCUGCGGCCAAUGGCCCAUCUUCGACGGCACCCCUAUCCAACGCAUCAAUCACUUCCUCACCUUCGGCAUCUGCGAUUACUUCCAGCGGUUCGUUGGGUUUGUGUUCGGGGCGAGGGGGACUAGUGCGAUCCAGAAUGUUGAGUAUUUCUGCUGUGAUCGCCCCAAUCCGACUUUGCAGAUCAUAUACCUUGCUGUAAUUGGAGGAACCUAUUAUUUAGUUGCAACUUCUUCCUUCCGUUAUAUUCCUGGCUAUUAUAUAGGUGAAGUUCACUGGUACAUAAGCUUCUUCGCUGUUGCUGUCGGUGUUCUGCUGUUUCUGUUAACUAGCCUCUCCGAUUCAGGAACAGUGAAGUCUGAUAAUGUUUCAGUUUAUCUCUCUGCUUACCCGUAUGACAAUGUGAUAUAUUCUGAGAAAGAAUGUUCGACGUGCAAACUUCCAAAACCUGCUAGAUCUAAGCAUUGUAGCAUAUGUGGUCGCUGUGUUGCUCGCUUUGACCAUCAUUGUGGAUGGAUGAAUAAUUGUAUAGGUGAGAGAAACAUCCAUUACUUCAUGGCUUUUCUUUUGUGGCACACUUUACUUUGCAUAUAUGGAACAGUUGCCGUUGGGUUGAUUCUUGCUGGACAAGUUAGAGAAUUUAGAGUUAUUGAUAUUCUAAUUGUUUAUUAUGGUGUAGAGAAUACUUUUCUUAGUUUAUCACCACACGUAAUACAGUGGUUGGUGGGGGCAUACAACACUCAAAUAUUACUGAUGAUGUUUCUUGCAAUAAUGGCAUUGUUAAUCGCAGGAUUCUUUGGUUACCAUGCAAAACUUUGUCUCACAAAUACUACCACUAACGAGACUUUCAAGUGGCAAGACUAUAUAAACUGGCAGAGGAAGCUGAGCGAAGCAAGGGCGAGUUCUGAAGCACUUAAAGCAAGUAUUAAUGGGAUGACCAGUGAAAGAAAACCUCCAGAGAGCAAAUGGAGAACCAUAUUCCGAAGAUCUCCACUCGAAGAUGUUGAGGUCGUGGUUAAGAAUAACAUUUAUGAUAAAGGGUUCAUUCAGAAUGUUCUUGAAAUCAUCUUCCCUCUAUCGAAAAGAAGGUUGUAUGCAAACACCAAACCAAAGUCUGGCUAAAGUAGAUUGUGGUCCUGUCAAUGCAGUAUGCAUUGCUCUUUGAGCAAUGGAAAACGGCUUCAUAAUCGUCUCUUGCUAUUACUCGUGCUCAAAACAGCCAGCUACAUCACGAGAGGGGUUGGAUUCAGCAGGAUGAGAUGCUUCUGGUGUUUUGUAACAUUAUUGCAAUGUGUCUACAGGCUGAGGCUGGCUACUUGUCAUUGGCCGUUUUCAUGCAUAGAAUCAAACACCGGUAGAACAGUCUUACAUAUUGUAUUCUUAGCAAUCGACUUGGCAGAUUUCAAUUGUAAAGCUGUCAAUUUUUGUUCUUCAUCUUGUAAAAUUGAUAGAAAUUCAGAGUGAAAGAAUGAUGUAAUUGAUCCUCAUAUUCUAACUAAAGAACUAAAGAAAUAUGAUGUUUUUGUUAC